AUGUAUUUCUCAGAAUACUUGCCACGUUUAAAUUCAAUAUCAGUGGUACUAGACGUCAAAAGUGACUUUAAAAUUGAUGACAUAAAUCGUAUUAGUAUAGUUGGAGAACUGCUCUCCAUUGAGCUAAAAAAUAACACACCAAUACGUGUUAAUCUACCAGAUAAAGCUUCACAAACUAGCAUCACUGGAAUGAAGUUAACAAAUAGCACUUUAUCAUUUGGGGUCAAAAUGCAUGAAAAAGAACUAGACUCAACCGUGCCUUUUACAGAGGAAACUAUUGAUAAAUGGUCAUGUAAAGACCUUUCUCAAACUCCGAAAAUAGGUAGACAUCAUAAAUUCAGAUUUGUAUGCAAGAAUUGCAAUAGCGAAUUGAUUGAUUCAUCACAGUAUGACUUCAAAGAUAUGCCAUCCGAGCAAUGGUAUGAGAUGAUGGAUUUUUGGCACUGCCACAAGCCAGAGAAUCACGAAGAACAUAAGAAAGAAUACAAAGGUGUACUAAAACCGGACAAUAAAACUAUUAUCAUUGGUUCUUACUAUCUUCUAGAAAAGUCUAACGGACACAUUAACAAAAUGCAAAAUUCAAUCACUUGCAAAAAAUGCGGUCAACUACUUGGUGAAACAUUCCAGGAUGCUUUGAAACUUUUCAAGUGGUGCGUGGAACUACAGUUUGAAAGCAAAAAUACUAUCCAUAAGGAGCAAUAUCGUCCUGGUAUAUUUAUUUAUAAUACAAUUUUGGAUAAAAUUAACUUCUCUGCCGUAAGGAAAUUCAAAAUAGAGGUUGAGACUCAAAGUAAAUUCAUCUGGAUUAUGAGCUUAGGUUUAAAUGUGGUAAUUGAUGGAAAAGUUUGUCAUAAUGCACUUAAAGUACUAUAUGCGGACAACGUGUCUAAAGAAGAAUCUUAUGAACCUUUGGACGUACCGUACCCAGAAGUUGCAAAGCUGUUUUUGAACGAUAUAAACAUGAUAAACAGCUUAAUGCCGGUUUCUAUGAGAAGUGUAUCUAUUGGUACGGAUAAUUAUCUAGUUAGUUAUCUAAGUUACACCUAA